CAAGGCACCUAUAGGAUCAUUUCAUUCUCACAUUUGCUUCUUCUCGCAGCAGUCGCUUCAUCUCCCAUCGAAACAAGCUGUGUCAACGAUGAACCUUGGUGCUGUCGCCGCUGCUGCCAUCGUCACUCUCGCCGGCAUUGACGCCGCUGUCAUCGACCACGACCAAGUCGUUCCUUUCGCUCAACCUACUCCCAACACUACCGUGCAAUCUGUCGCGGUUCAAUUCAAGCCCCAAAUCUACAUCAACAAUGGCUGUCAUCCGUACCCUGCAGUCGACGAGGACGGUAAUACUAGUGGUGGAUUGAAGCCGACAGGAUCUGAAAGUGCCGGUUGCAAGGGGUCCGGAUACGGCAGUCAAAUUUACGGACGUGCUGUUGAGUACGACGGCGUGUACGCCUUCAUGUACUCUUGGUACAUGCCAAAGGACGAGACGCUGGAUGGGCUUGGCCACCGUCACGACUGGGAGAACUGCGUUGUGUGGCUUGAUUCACUCGAUAACCCCAGCAUUGUGGCGUUGUCAGCUUCUUACCACAGCACUUACCUCUACUAUUACCCACCCGAUUCGGACUACUUGGACGGUGACAGCGCCAAGAUCGAGUACUCGACUAGCUGGGUGAUCCUCGAUCACUCGCUGUCUGCUACGUCGACGGUGGGCGAGACGCAGGACUUGAUCAUGUGGGACCAGUUGACCGAUGCGGCUCGUACGGCUCUAGAGGACACGGACUUUGGUGACGCCAACGUUCCGUUCAAGGAAACAAACUUUGCGACGAAGGUUGCCAACGCUUACUACGCCUAGAUAAGCAGUAACCUUUUCUGAGCAAUUGACGUGAAAUGAAUAAAAGUGUACGUUGUCAAAUUCCA